UGCAGAGAGAACAUACCUGAAACAAAAUAGUGGACGCGUCACCCGUGAAUGCCAUUGGCUUAUGUUUUUAGAGACGGAGACAGUGCUUGGGAAGAAAACUGCAUUUGGAAUCAGUUUCUUUUAUUAUUUACUAUAAUAACUCGACACUCUUGUUGUAGGCUAUAUUAUAUUUUUCAUGCAUUUGAUGAUGGUAGCAUUUGGUUUCCGUGACACCAGGAACGGAGUUUCUGAGUUGCUCUGCAUACUGCUUAGUGUCUCUCUUGCAGCCAAUGUUGUCGGUUACAAGCCAGUGAUUAUUGUCCACGGUCUAUUCGACGGCCCCAAAGAGUUUCUUGGCUUGGAAUGCUUUAUCAAUAAGUCCCAUCCAGGAACAAAUGUGACAGUGAUUGACCUAUUUGACUACAAAUCCAGCUUAAAGCCAAUGUGGAAGCAAGUGGAGGGCUUCAAACAGGCUGUCCUCCCCAUCCUGAAAAAUAGUGUGGAUGGUGUCCACCUCAUCUGCUUCUCCCAAGGUGGAUUGGUGUGUAGAGGAAUUCUCGCUACUCUUCCAGAGCACAAUAUUCACUCAUUUAUUUCACUGUCUUCCCCUCUAGGGGGCCAAUAUGGAGACACAGAAUACCUGAAACAUGUUUUCCCAAAGUUCCUAAAGAGACACAUCUAUAAAAUCUGCUACUCUCCCACGGGACAAAAGAUAUCUAUCUGCAACUACUGGAAAGACCCCCACAACAUACACCAGUAUUGGAAAAGCAGUGAUUAUCUAGCAGUGCUGGACAGUGAGAGGAUUAACUCCAGUGCAGCAAUUUGGAAGAAGAACUUCCUGCGCAUUAGGAAACUGGUUUUGAUCGGAGGACCAGAUGAUGGGGUCAUCACUCCUUGGCAGUCCAGCCAUUUUGGGUUUUAUGAUGAAAAUGAAGAUGUUGUUGAGAUGAAGGACCAGGAUGUGUAUGUGAAGGACGUGUUUGGGCUGAAGACACUGGAUGCUAGAGGAGACUUGGUUGUGUGUGUGUUUUCUGGAGUGAAGCAUACCAGUUGGCACUCCAAUGAAACAGUGUACUAUGGCUGCAUAGAUAAGUGGCUCACAUAAAGCGUGAUCAUUGCGACAACAGGCUAAAACAUGCUAUGCACAUAUUACUGCAGAGUGAUCAUGUUUGCAUGUAUGUGCACAAGCUUACAUAUACGUGCACAUGCAUAAACACAAACACUUGCUUUUAUUCCCAUUUCAUUGUUUCUGAUAUAACCAUUAAUAAUGGUAGAAAUAAAGUUGAAGGGCUUUAAUGCAAUAUUCUUGUUCAUAAGGCAUAGUGAUCCUAUUGCUCUCUCUGAUGCUUGUUCUUAAGGUUGCAACUCGUGGUAAGUUACAGGGAUGCAAAUGGAAUGUAAGGGGAAAUCAAAUGUUGCUCAUAAAAUCAGAAUGUAUUUAGUUUUUUCUGUACUGUAAUGAUGGACUAACAAUUUAUUGUCGGUUGGGGAAAUAACGUACCUGUAUUUCAGAGUCUAUCAUGCAACCAGAAACAAAAUAACCUCAAUUUAUUCACCAUGCAGGCGUUGCACAACUAUAAUUCACUUCACUGAUAAACAACCAUGAAACUUUAGUUGAAGUGGUCGAAUAUUUUGAUGUCUUCAUAUUGUUGUGCCUCCCUUUGAGAAAAUUUAAAAAAUAAUUAAAUUAAUUUCAAAAGUG